AUUCCCAUAAGAUUUUUCACUGAAAUGAAGUCCUGAAUUAUCAGGCGGGUGACGCUACGCUGAAACCUAAAUUACGCCGUCACAUAAAUGCACGCUCGCACCAGUUGCAGCAUCGACUCUCUGCUGCAUUUGUUGAUCUGUUGCCAGCCGCCGACGCCGGUACAGACAUACAGAAGACCUCCCCAGAAAAUGCAAAUAAUUAGAUAAAUUACCUACUACGUAUCAGUCAAUCGUUCGUAGUGAGGAGCCAAGAUCCUAUUGUGGCCUUUCGCUAACUUCUGAUUUUUGAGUCCCCCCGUUUAAUUGAGCUUUUAUUAUUAAUUUAUUCUUUAUGGCUUCGGAGGACGUGAAGGCUAGCGAUUCCGCGGUGGAGAAGAUCGUAAAUCUGGCUGAAGAGGCAAAACUCGCGAGGAAAGAAAUCAAGCCAACUAGCUAUGCCGUCCUAAGUAUCUGCAAAUCUCUCGUCGCUGGAGGUGUAGCGGGUGGAGUGUCACGGACAGCUGUUGCUCCCCUGGAACGCUUAAAAAUUUUGCUGCAGGUUCAGAAUCCCCACAAUAUUAAAUACAAUGGAACAGUUCAAGGCUUAAAGUAUAUCUGGAGAACCGAGGGAUUCAGAGGAUUAUUUAAGGGCAAUGGCACCAACUGUGCUCGCAUCGUCCCGAAUUCAGCUGUCAAGUUUUUCAGCUACGAGCAGGCAUCCAAGGGCAUCUUGUGGCUGUACAGGGAACAGACUGGAAAUGAUGAUGCUCAGCUAACUCCUGUAUUGCGUCUUGGAGCCGGAGCUUGUGCCGGAAUAAUUGCCAUGUCUGCAACAUACCCAAUGGACAUGGUCCGAGGCAGGCUAACUGUCCAAACCGAUAAAUCUCCUUACCAGUACAGGGGAAUGGUUCAUGCUUUGUCAACUGUGCUCCGUGAAGAAGGUCCACGGGCUUUAUACAAAGGCUGGCUUCCAUCUGUCAUAGGAGUUAUACCUUAUGUUGGUCUUAAUUUUGCUGUUUAUGAAUCUUUGAAAGAUUUUCUGAUCAAAUCUAAACCUCUGGGACUGGUUGAAGAUACUGAGCUUGGUGUUGGUACUAGGCUUGCGUGUGGAGCUGUUGCAGGGACGAUUGGCCAAACAGUUGCUUACCCACUUGAUGUUAUUCGCCGCAGAAUGCAAAUGGUGGGUUGGAAAGAUGCUGCAUCUGUUGUAAUUGGUGAAGGAGGGAAGGGAAGGGCUUCCGUCGAGUACACUGGCAUGAUUGAUGCAUUUAGUAAAACUGUUCGUAAUGAGGGCAUCAGAGCACUGUACAAGGGCUUGGUCCCCAAUUCAGUAAAGGUUGUGCCAUCAAUUGCUAUUGCUUUCGUGACAUACGAGCACGUUAAGGAGAUAUUGGGGGUGGAGCUCAAAAUAUCAGAUUGAGAGAGAGAGAGUGAGCAGCCAAUGGAAUGCCUUCAUUCACGAGCACAAUAAUUUUGUAGGCAAAGAGACUCAAGAGAAACGAUGGUCAAGGUGGCUGGCCUUCCAAUUCAUGAUAUGAUUUAGGAAUGUAUUCUACCAUGGCCAUGAAAACUUUGUUCUACAGCUCAUCUUUUCUUAGUUGUCUAUUGUAGCUCUAGGUGCCCUCCUCGUCAUCAAUAAAUACUUGUGAGUGGUGCGGAAUAUUAGUGUAACAAUCAAUAAUUGCUUUGGAUGCCUUGAUCGCAAGGACACUUUUUUUUCUUAUAAUUGAUUUGUUUGUGAACACGCCAUUCUUCUUCUGUUUGGAUGUUGAGUUUUCAAAAGACUCGUAUCAAUUUUGCAGUAUCUCGUGAUAUUUCAUGGAAGUGGGAAAAACUGUGAUAAUGAUGGGGAUUUCAGAUUUGGAGUUCCUUGACUA